GUCUCUGUCUUUUUUUUCUUCAAAGUUGAGAACUUUGCUUGGUUUCAGUCACUGAUUAGAUUCACAUGAUUCCAGUAAACAAAGUAUAAAGGUAGUAAUCGAAGAGCGAGCGUGAGUAGGAGAAGACGAAGACGAAGAGGGAGAUUUCUCAAGAAUAAGAAGCCAUGGGAGGUGGCUAUGUGUUUGGUUCGGCCAGAUCGGGACAGACAGCAAUGGUGGCUCUCGUCCUCGUGGUUGGAUCAUUCUUCGCCGGCUACAUCUUCGGAAACAACGCACCUAUUUACAUCCCCCAAGCUUCUUCUUCCAAUUCUACUUCUUCAUCUUCUCCAUCGCCAUCUGGUCCAUCAGAUUUUGCCAACAGAAUAGAGCUAACUUACCGGAGAACUCCUCUCGUGAUCCCACAAAGAGGAGUGAAUGUGUGUCCGUUGGAGUUCAACGAGUACAUCCCUUGUCACAACGUCACUUACGUGCAGCAGCUUCUCCCAAGCUUGAAUCUUUCGAGAAGAGAAGAGCUCGAGAGACACUGCCCUCCACUUGAGCAGCGUCUCUUCUGUCUUGUACCUCCUCCGAAAGAUUAUAAGGUACCUAUACGCUGGCCCACCAGCAGAGACUACGUGUGGAGAAGCAAUGUGAAUCAUACGCAUCUUGCUGAGGUUAAAGGCGGGCAAAACUGGGUGCAUGAACAAGGGGAGCUGUGGUGGUUCCCUGGUGGCGGUACUCAUUUCAAACACGGAGCUCCUGAAUACAUCCAGAGGUUAGGAAACAUGACGACUAACGAAACAGGUGAUUUACGUUCAGCUGGGGUUGAGCAAGUUCUUGAUGUUGGAUGUGGAGUUGCUAGCUUUGCAGCUUACCUUCUUCCUUUGGGUAUACAGACGAUGUCCUUUGCCCCUAAAGACGGGCAUGAGAACCAAAUCCAGUUUGCGUUGGAGAGAGGAAUAGGCGCAAUGAUCUCUGCCAUUGCCACCAAACAAAUGCCAUAUCCCUCAUCCUCCUUUGACAUGGUUCAUUGCUCAAGAUGUCGUGUUGAUUGGCAUGAAAAUGAUGGUGUCUUGAUUAAAGAGGUUAAUCGACUUCUCCGACCCAAUGGAUACUUUGUUUACUCAGCACCACCUGCUUACCGAAAGGAUAAAGACUUCCCUCUGAUUUGGGAUAAGUUGGUGAACCUAACUACCGCAAUGUGCUGGAAGCUCAUCUCCCGAAAGGUACAAACUGCAAUAUGGGUUAAACAAGACGACCAGGCUUGCCUUAUGAAGAACGCAGAGCUUGAGCUUAUAACUAUAUGUGAUUCAAAAGAUGUUUCCAAACCAUCAUGGAAAGUUCCUCUUAGAGACUGUGUAGACAUUAGUGAGAACACACCAAAAGCUUCAUAUCCAACAAGUCUAAGAAAAAUAGGCAUCAGCGAAGAUGAGUUUACAUUGGACACAAACUUCUGGAGAGAGCAAGUGAACCGGUACUGGGAGUUAAUGAAAGUUAACAGAACUGAAGUGCGGAAUGUGAUGGACACGAACGCGUUCGUCGGUGGAUUUGCUGCUGCUAUGAGCUCAUACCCCGUUUGGGUCAUGAACGUUGUGCCUGCUACGUUGAACGAUACCUUAUCAGGAAUUUACCAGAGGGGCUUAACCGGUGCUUACCAUGAUUGGUGUGAGCCGUUCUCAACGUAUCCACGCACGUACGAUCUGCUACACGCGGACAAACUCUUGUCUCACUAUCAGAACCACGGUGAAGGUUGUUUACUAGAGGACAUCAUGCUUGAGAUGGACCGCAUCAUACGCCCUCAGGGAUUCAUCAUUAUUAGAGACGAGGAAUCGAUCAUCUCAAAAGUCCAAGACUUGGCUCCUAAGUUCCUAUGGGAAGUUGAGACACGUGAACUUCAAGACAAAUACAAGAAGGCAGAAACUGUUUUGUUUUGCAGAAAGAAGUUCUGGGCAAUCGUCUGAUUGAUACACAAAGCUUGUCAGAGUUUUUUGCAGAAAACAUAGAAAAUCUUCUUUAUUUUUUUGUUUGUAAGAGAAGCAGAAAUUAAAUAUUACCACAUUAAUGCUGUCUGUACACAUGUUCAUCCAUUGACCAAGUCUGUACACACAUGUUUUCUUUUACCACAUUGAUAACCAGAGUCCAAUUUUAGGUGAA